UAGGUUUAGUGUGGAUAGUAAACAUCUAAGAGUCUUUCCGUCUGUGUUUUUCCUUUUAACACGACCCAUACGGCGAUGUUUCGCGGCACUCGUCGAGCGUUAGUGCGGGAUCCCGUACCUACCGACACCAAGGCAUUUUAUACGUGGUUUAGUGGGCAGGCGUAUCGUCAAGAGCGUGUCAUUCCAGGAGGUUAUCCAGCAAUUCGUAUCUACCCUGUUUACGGCAAACGCUGGUUUACAGGGCGUACUCUUAUGGCGAUUAUCGCUGGCACCUCCCUCUACGGGGCAUGGCUUCGGCCGGAGAGGGAGCGCUACAACAUGGAGAUGACGGUCGAGUUCAACGAGCGCCAGGCAGCCCACUUGCCGUAUCAAAAAGCAGAGUUGAAUCUGCGCGCGCUCAUUUCCGCCUACAAACGCCACCGCUACGAGCGAGAAAAUCUGAUUGAUAAAGGAUAUGUCGGCCUGACGUCGGAGUUCCGUAAGUUCUUUUACCACGAUGACGUCUGGCGACCCGCGUUGCACGAUGUGCUAAUGCAUCCUUACACGAAAUUUGGAGGCCCCUUAACGAGUUACAACUGGUCGAUUGGAUACUUCUAGGAAGGCCAAAAGAACUUGACUCGAUGUGAACCGAUAGGGAAAAUUCCCCUUUUUCUUACUCUUUUGAAAUAGCUAAAUGUCUAUAUUUAUGCUUAGAGAACAUGAUUAGUUGAGCUGUACAAUGUUAGGAUAGGAGCAAUAAGAAAACAAGUAUGCAGAAGGAAAAUCUUGACUUGCUUUUUUGCUUUUAGUGGAG